GCGGGGAGUCACGUGGCAUUGGUUGCAAUGAGGCACCCUCAAUGUGAUCGAAGCGUGUAGCCAGAGUAGGAUUGUAUGUUGCAACGAAUGGAACGCGCACCUCUUCGUUUACGUUGUAACCGGGGAAGCUCUGGUGUCGGCAGCUGUUGGCCUUUACUUUCCGUGCUGUGUUGAAGUAAAACUCAUACAAAGCUGAGAAACAGGAGAGCCGAGCGGGAAAUCGCAUCUCUAAUGUCAAUACCAAUUCUUUUACUGCUUCCCAACUGAGGUGCCAUGUUGAAAGAGGGCUUCUGAAGUUUUAUUCCCCAGCACUGCAGUAAUUCAUACUUUGGAAUUGUAUUUAUCAUCUCUCUGUCAUCGUGUGGGAUUUAUACUCAAUUUUCUGGACUUCACACUUUGUACUCAUUAUUAAUGCUGUUGAAUUUAAGACAAAAAGAUUUUUUUUAAAGUCCUGCUGUGUUUUUUGCUUGAAAAAAAUAUGUUUAUAGUGACAGCAGCAGAAUAUUGUUAGCUGCCUAGUAUACAGAAAGAAUUCAAAUCUCAGGUUUUCAGGAUUUUAGAUUCGCUUUGUUUUUUUUUUUUGUUUUUUUGUCAUUUGUUUUUUGUAGUGUUUUGUCUGAUUAAUGAAGGCACCAAAUGGCAAAAUUGUAGGUUUGGCAAGACAAGCCUGGGCUUCUAGUGGACUGUUGUUUGAAAGGCCCUGAUUAUAUAUUCAGCUAAGAGAAACUAAAUGGACACAUUGGUAUGACCCACAACCAUUCCACAUUAAUUUAAAAAGAAGACUCUUUAAUGAGUUGAACAUCAUACUUGGGAAUUUUUUUUCUGCUCUUGCAUUGACUCACUAUUUAAUCCCAUGUGAACAGUCUGUUUCACACUUUUUUUUUUUUUUUUUUUUAAUAUCCCCCGUGUUGCAGAAACAAUCUGACAGGAUGAGCACUUAAAAUAAAAAGUUUGAAAAUUGAAGCUGGCAUGUAGUAAUAGGGCAUUAACCCUACCAGCCUUUUGGAGGGGCUCUUUAUAAGCCCUCUUGCCAAGGAAUAAGUAACAUAUCUGGAAACUAUUGCCUUUCAAUCACAAAACUGGAAGGAGUUGCCUGCAGUUCUCAAGGUGAGGGCAGACCAACCCUUGGCCAUGAGGUUUAAUGCCUCAAUUCACUGAUAGAAGACUCAGGACCUAAAUGGCGCAGCAUGACUUUGUUCCUGCGUGGCUUAACUUCUCCACACCACAGUCCACCAAGAGCUCUACAGGCGUUGUUGAGAAACAUGGUGAACACCAUCCCAGGGGUGAGGGACGUUUAGGAGUGAGUCGCAGGAGACAUAACUCUUCUGAUGGAUUCUUCAACAAUGGACCCCUCAGAACCACAGGAGAUUCCUGGCACCAGCCUUCUCUCCUGCGCCAUGACUCUGUGGAUUCUGGUGUUUCUAAAGGCACUAACCUUGGAGCACAGCCUGGUUGGUAUGGAGUAUCACGUGGGCAAGAUGGCAACAUGCCGAGAGGAGGAGGAAAUGGAACAAAUGGGGCAGGAAAUGCAGGCCAUCGGCAUCGUAAUGGCAAUGCCCUAUCUCGUAAAAACCCAUCCUUGCAGGAAAAGCAGCCGCCCGAGGCCAGAGAGGAAAAGAACGCGGAAAGAAAGAAGCUGCAGUUUGAAGAAGAAGAUUUUCCAUCUUUAAAUCCUGAAACUGGCAAGCAAGUUAUCCAGAUCAAACAGACGGGGGCCCUUACAGGAGUUUGGGAAAAUCCUCCCAGUGCCAAGCAGCCUCUCAAGAUGCUGGUCAUCAAAAAAAUCUCAAAGGAGGAUCCAUCAGCCUUUUCUGCUGCAUUUGCAACUCCAGUACCCCAUAUUUCUAAUGGCUCAAACAAAACCAACCCAUCUGGACCAAUUGUGUACAAAAAUCUGGUCCCUAAACCAGCAGCUUCUUCAAUAAAGUCUGGUCCCUGGAAGUCCAAUGGCCGUGAAUCCAAAUCUGGCUUGUUUUUUUCCAACCGAGAUUCUGCCUUCACCAGCCCAGUUUUGGCCACCAAACCAGUAGUGCAGGCUCCAGCACCUCUAUUUUCUACCCCAAAAGAGGGCACCGCCAGUGUAACACCUCCUUUAGAGCUUGGCAUUUCACGACUUACUAGGAUGACUCGGCGCACCCCUGACAGAAAGAGUGAGUUUCUCAAAGCACUGAAGGAUGAACAAGACGUGGAUCCAACUGAGGACAGAGAUGGCGAUAAACUAGAAGAUGUGCAAAUGCAGAGCCCUUCAGAACUGAAUGACAUGGAAGGAGAGCAGAUUGAAGAAGGUUGCCAUCACAACGGCAUCUCUGGUUCUCAGGAAGAAAGCCACGAGAGACUGUCAUACUCACUGGAAGCUGAGCACAGAUUAUUGAAAGAGAUGGGAUGGGAGGAGAAUGAUGAAGACUGUUUGCCACUAACUGAGGAAGAGUUACAGGAAUUUCAGAUUAAAUCUCAGCAGCUAAAAAGAAACAGCAUGGGCCUAAAUGGCUUUUUGAGACAACCGAGAAGAUGUGCCCUGCUCUUGUCCUGGCGUGGCCCUCUAACUCCCGACCCCAGCGAAUGCUCCGACAGCGAAACAAGCAGUACAGACACUUCAGACGACGAAUCCUGAUCCUCUAAUGAAAGAAGCAUCUAAACAUCCCCUACACUCCUAUCCUAAACUACUCUGUUCACAGCAUAAAUGUUGCCUGCAAGAUGGAAAGAAACACAAAUGUGGUUUAGUUUUUUAAAGCCCUUUGCUGCAAGAGUGUCCUGCCUUGCUUCCAGAGUAGCUGUCGCAUAUUUUGUGAAGAACAAGAGCAAUUUCGAUGCUUUUUUUUUUUUGUUUAAGUCCUCUCUCCUCUUUUGUUGUCCGCUUUCUAGAGACAAAAACUGGUUUUGUACAAGUUGCAGAGGCAAAGGAGAGGUUUUUGUUUUCCUUUUUACUGCACCUGUUCACCAUAUACAUCUCUGAAAUGUGCAGAAAAGCUUCUAACCCAGCGGUUCAAAUGAGAAAAGCAAAGGUUUAACCCACUAAAUCACUCUCUGGGAAACAAUAACUCUUAAACUCUAAUUGGGAUUGAUUCAUUCUUAUAACUUUGCUAUCUAGAUAUUAUGCAGCUGCAGUUGUCGGCCACUUUCGCCUCUUUAUCCAAGAACCUGGCUUGUUCUGUGUUAUUUUUUUAAAAGGGGAAUAAUUUGCAAUUGUAAAAUAUUCAGAGAGGAUUUUUUUUUUCUUCGUGUGUGUACCUUUCACAGCCUUGACAUUCAGGGUGGAUUGUAAAAUAAAACAAGAUUUGGGUAAAAAUUACCAUUCUUGGGGAAGAUUUCAGAAGAUUAUUUUGAUAACAUUAUUUACAGAUUAAAGAAAACUGGUUAUCUGUAUGUGAGGGCAAUGUCACCACAGCAGCUAAUAACUUGGAAUAAAUAUUUUGCAUCAGUUUGCCAA